CCCACCACUCUCCUACUUGUCCACCUCCCCCUUGCUCCGGUCAACCCUGCGUCGGGGCCGAUCUCCGCCAGCCAUGUCGCCCGACGACGUGUCCCGGAAGUCGCCCGUGCCGCCGCCGUCCCCGCCGCCGAUGGACUCGUGGGCUCGGGGAGGGCGUCGCUCCAGGCCCCGUGGCGGCGGCGGCAGCGGCAGCGCCAGCUCUGGCGGCGCCGCCGAGUCCGAGGAGGAGUACCUGGCGCUCUCCCUCCUCAUGCUGUCGCGCGGCGUCCGCGGCGAGGUCGAGGACGGCGGCUUCGGCGGCGUCAAGGGCGUGGGAGCGGCGCCGACCAAGGCGCAGGGGUACGAGUGCUCCGUGUGCGGCAAGGUCUACGCGUCCUACCAAGCGCUGGGCGGCCACAAGACGAGCCACCGGAAGCCGCCCACGCCGCCAGCUGCGUCGGCGGGCGGCGACGAGGCGUCCGGCGGCGCCCCCGUGGAGGCCAAGGUGCACCAGUGCUCGCUCUGCCACCGCACGUUCCCGUCCGGGCAGGCGCUGGGAGGGCACAAGCGCCUGCACUACGAGGGCGGCGCCGCGGGCGCCGGGACCGGCAAGGACAAGGAGGCCGCCAAGGCGAAGGCGGCGGCGCUGCUGAGGGACUUCGACCUGAACCUGCCGGCGUCGGGGGUGGCCGGGGACGAGGCCGAGAGCCCGCCCCCGGAGGCCAAGAGGGCGAGGCUGAUGCUACUAGCAAUCUGAUCGAUCACUGAUCAGUGGCGGCGGCGGCGCGGGAUUUAGGUUUUUGAUUGAUGGUUUUAGGAGGAAAUUCCUCUCUAGGUUUCGAUUGUCAUUUGGUUGGUUCAAUUCGUUCUGGCCCCGGAUUGGAAUUGCGGCGUUGAUAUGGUAAGCGCUUAGCGCUCAGCGCUGGCGUGGCUAGCUGGUAAUGGCAUACCAAAUUUGCUUACCUGUCCAUGUUUUUUACUCCGGCCGUUGGAUAAAGAAUCCGGCGGCUGGCUGGGAAUGGGAUAGGACUUGCUUUGUAAGCCUGUGAUCAAAACCAUAUAGAAACUUUUCUUC